UUUUUCUUUUUGCCUGGUAUCUUGAAUUGUACAAAUUAUUGUUCGAUGGUAGCCCAACAGUGUAUUUGUUAAAUUCGUGAAUUGCCAAAAGCAAUUUUACUUGGCACCACAAAUGCUUAUUCUACUCUGCUCUUCUUAAUUUUAAAAGUCCAUAGAACAAAAAUGAAUUAAUCAUCGACUUGCAUUUUUCGUUAGACCCACAUAAAGCUUCGGGUUAUAGUUGUUGAAUGUAGGCCUGGAAGCUGAACAUUUACUUUAGUCUCAUUAAGAUACAACGCAUGCGCACAAUAUUUAAACUGAAAGAGUUAAGAUUUGGACUAAAUGUUAUAUGGUAGUACAGGCUUAACGGAACUUAACUUGUUGAAUUUGGCCUAAGUGAAAUUAUUAUGAGAAGUUAUGCGUUCAGUUCUAAUUUACUUUUGCAUGAUAAUAAAUAUUGUGGUUAAAUGUCUAAACUGAGUAAGUUAAAAUACCUGACGAAUGUACUAGCAGUAGUAACACAGUGGCAGUGUUAGACCUAUUGAUCAGGGAGUCUAAUACGUUCAAUACGCAUAUGAAAGGUUAGAUAUGGCAAACAUUCAGCCGUUAAAAGUAAUUUUUCAUGAAGUGAGUACCAAGAAGUUUUGGUUACCACAACAUCCACUUUUUGUUGGUAUUAACUUAUCUGAUAUUUUGAAACUGAGACCUGGGUUUGACUUUGAGUCUGGAACACAACAUUUUGAUCUUGAGUGGGAAACAUUUGUUGGAACAUUGAUACAUAGCAGAAUUUUAGAAACAGGGUACUGCAACAAUGAAAUUAGAAUGUUCAAUAAGCUAACUCAGUUCGUUAAUGUUUUUAUUAUUAAAGAAACAACAGAAGAUGUUCCAAACAACUAUGAUGGGGAUGUUGCCAGUACUUGUCUAUUUUCUGAAGGUAAUCCAGUUGUGAAGUUGUAUGUGACAGAUCUUUUUGUGAAGCAUUAUGGUUUGAAUCUGUCACAAAAGUUUUAUUUUAAGCCUGUAUACUGUCUUCCUCUUGAGAAAGUAGUGUUUUUAGCAAAAACUGAUGAGUGUUAUAAUUGGGCAACACAAGACGAUUGGUGUGAUAAACUGUCACUUUCAGUAUGUAACCCUAAAAAAGUGCUUUGUCGUUCUGGUGAUGUUUUGUUAGCAUCACCAAAGUCAUUUGGUAUUGAAGGCCAACAUAGUAUUUCUAAACUACUUGACCUAAUUGCUGUUGAGUGUCAACCAGUGGCCCAAGGUAUUCUGACCAUAAAUACAACAGUUGUGGUAACUAAAUUUAAGCCAGAUGACUGUAGAAUUGUAAAAAAACUCCAAGAACCUGCCAACAGUUUUAAUACAAUGCUUCAUGUCUUCAAUUACUGUAACAGUUUAUUGCCUUAUGGAUUACUUCUGGGAUCUGUUAAUCCUUUCUCAGUAGCAGUUCACAAAAACUUACUCCGUCAUUCUAACAAAAGAAUAUUUCGUGUGAAGAUGUUACCCCAGCUUCCCAAGAUGUAUCUUCUAACAAAAAAGGAACUUUCUUUCAUUGAUCCUAUGAAUGUAAUUAUAGUGUCUGAUGUCUCUCUUAAGGAACUUAAAAUUGUAAAUGGAAGCUGGGUUAAAAUAAGCAUGUGUAUUUAUAAAGAUAAACAGGCAAAGAGAAAAAGUUGGUUAAUAGAAGAUACAGCACUGAAAGAAGAUUGUACAAAUUAUUCAAGAACUACUGAAAAGGCAAGUAACAUUCCAAUUGACGUUGAAUCAGAAAUAAGAACUCCAGCAGAGAAAAUAAGACUGGUGAGAGUGUUCUCCAUAAAUACUGAUGAAGAAAGCACAGACUUUCCAAAAUUUGAUAUAAGGAACAAUGUGGCUUUUAUCUCUCCAAAUUUGUGGUUCAACUUGAAUAAACACCCUUCAUCUUUCCUUGAAUCAGCAGCAAGGCUGAAUUUUGAGGGAAUGCUUACUCAAGAAGACUUGCGUGAAGAUGACUCUGAGAAAGUGGAAAUUUCGCCUCCGUAUGCAAAUGAGCUGCACUUGUCUCUUGUUCAGUCUCCAAGCUAUACCUCUUUCAGUGACUUACCUUUGCUGAGUAAAUAUUUUGAAAUUGACAGAUAUGUUGUCAAAGGAGACAUCCUAGCCAUAGAUUCUAGAGAGGAUGUUUCCUUUCAUCAGGAACUAGAAAAUUCGUUUUAUACCAAGUGUCCAGUUGUCUACUAUAGAGUUGUUCUAGUAGAGGGUCCCCCAUCGUCUUUGGGAUAUCGUGCUAAGAAGGGCCACACCUAUUUAUAUACUGUAGGAACGUCUCAGUCUUAUAUACCCAGGACAGUGGACUCCUUCUUUUCUUCUGUACCAUAUCAUCCAAUAUGGUAUUCUGCAGAACCACCAGGUAUUUUAGAGUAUGUGGAACAUCUUGAGCUCCUUGUAACUCCAUUUUUGAAUUCUGAAAAAUCAAGAACAAAAAUUAGCCCCUGCAUACUGCUGAGUGGUCCCUCAGGCUGUGGAAAGUUAACUGUUGUCAAAGCUCUUUCUCGGCGUCUUAACAUGCAUUUUUACCAGAUCAAUUGCUAUGAAGUCACAGGAGAUUCCCCUGGUUCCACUGAAAAUCGUCUAAAAGCUAUGCUACAAAAGACGGCAAUGUUUGCUCCAUGCAUUUUGGCCCUGAAAGAUGUAGAUGCUGUUGGAAAGGAGAAAGAACUUUUGGGUGAUGACCCUCGUGUACUGAACACAUUUUGUAACACCAUCAAGUCUCUCAAUGUCAGUAGCACUCAGUGGCCAGUAAUUAUUAUAGCUACUACUUCAGAAUCCCAGUCAAAGGUGUUGAGUGUAGAAUUUUCUGGUACUUUUUUACAUCUUAUUAAAGUGAAGCCACCAAAUGAAAAAGAGAGAAAAGCAAUGAUAGAAGGAUUCUUGGAAGUUUGUCCUAGAGGAAAUGAUGUCAGUGCCUCAUACCUGGCUCAGAGAACAGCAGGUUUUGUGUUGGGAGACUUCUCAGCUCUUGUUUCUCAGGCUGUUUGGUGUGCCUACAGAAGAAUUAGGAAAACUGUAAAAGAUUUCUCACUCAAUACAGAAGAAGAGGAGGACAUUUGUUAUGCUGGAAUUUUGCUUUUACAAAAAGACCUUUUGGAAUCAUUAGAAUUCUUACAAGCUAAACAUGCUGAAGCUAUAGGUGCACCAAAGAUUCCUAAUGUGCAUUGGGAAGAUAUAGGGGGUAUGUCGGAUAUUAAACAGGAGAUACUGGACACAAUUCAACUUCCUUUACAACAUCCUGAACUUAUGGCUUCAGGAUUUCAUCGUUCAGGAUUACUGCUAUAUGGUCCUCCAGGAACAGGAAAAACACUUCUUGCCAAAGCUGUUGCUACAGAAUGCUCUCUUAACUUUCUUAGUGUGAAAGGUCCUGAGUUGAUCAACAUGUAUGUUGGACAGAGUGAAGAAAAUGUUAGGGAAGUUUUUCAAAGAGCUCGAUAUGCCACUCCUUGUGUUAUAUUUUUUGAUGAACUGGAUUCUUUGGCUCCUCAUAGAGGAAACAGUGGAGAUUCUGGAGGCGUUAUGGACAGGUAUUUUUGUGUUAUUAGGAUAGAUAUUGAAAAUUCUGAUUUAAAGUUUUCUGAAGAAUUGCCAAAUCAACAAGCUAGUCUUUUUGUUAUUGGAGCAAGUCGAUCAACCACAGGGUCAAUGAGAGAAAACUACAUUAGUCAAAUAGAUGUUACAAAUGCUUGUAUGGUAAUAGAAGAAAAAGACUUUGAUGUUGCCUUACAGAAUCUAACUCCAUCAGUAUCUCUAGAAGAACUGAAGAAGUACCAGAACAUAAAACUCUGA